AUGAGCUCAAAAAAACAGGAUGCAUCAGCAGAGCUUCUUAGCGAGCUGCGCGCCGUCAUCGUGAGCGGCGGCUCGAUGAGCACGCUUGACGAGCAAAAGGUUAGGUCGGUGGUGGAGAAGAUAAACGAGUCGUACGCAUGUAUUAGAUCUAUCGCGACAAACCCGUACGCUGAUCUGACGCAGCCGUACUACAUGAGCUCCAUGAAUUACUACCGUGCCAAAUGCUUGCGAGACAAGCGCUGCCUCCUCACGUACCUUUUGUGGAGGCAAAAGCAAGUUGCAAAGGCGUGGUGGAGCGUGCGAGACAACUUGCUGGAGGGCUUCCUGUCCGCAGCGGAAGCCAAGUACUUGUCCGAUUACCAAGGCACCAUGGUGGAGUACAUGACCUCCUUCGACGUCCCACUAGAUCUGCGCGCAUACUUGUGGAGACCCCCGUCCGUACGACAGCUUGAGGUCCGCGGCCGCUGCCACUACGAGUUUCGGUCCCCUGUCAGCGGCAAGACCAUUAUCAUCAACAGCGGCGAUCAGCUUUUCCUGAGCUUCGAGGAAGCUGAGCCUCUCAUUCAGCAGGGCAUCGUCGAGCUGGUGGGGCACUGA